GGUGGCAGCCCAACACUCCGACGCCGAAAGCCGUAGCCGCAGCAGUGCCGUGUCGUGUCGUCGUGUGCUCAGGUGGCCUAUAGAUCGUAUUAAUAUAUUAUAAAUUGAAUAAAAUAUAAUUAUAUUAUAUUAGGCGAUAUUAUAGGCAUACUACCUAUACACAUUUCUACUGACCCGACGCGCGCACUGUGUACCGCAACACACUCGGCGGCGAUUCGUCUCACCGUGUUUUCGGGGUUGUUUCCGAACCACUCAGUCGCAUAACACAUUAUAGUCUUGUUUUCCCGACGCCGCGUUCGUAAGGGAUAGCAAGUUUUUCGCGUGGGUCGCCGUCCGAUCGUUUCCGCACCCGUCGACCAAUUAACCGCGUGUCGGCGAUUGCUGUAGUAUUCUCGUGUACGAUACACACCUCACGUAAUUCCGUAUAACAUCGUCGCGGUCGCAAUGCACGCGAUGACUAUCAAGUCCGUGAUGACAGCCGUAGUCCUGGCGGCCAUCGUCUGCACGGUCGCGGGAAAGCCCGCGAAAACCAGCAGACUGGCCAAGUACACGACGCUAUGCAAGCUUUCAGACCCAAAAUUAAGCCAAUGUUUGACUAACUUAAUGAAAGAUAUUUUAAAGCACUCUAAAUCAGGUAUACCUGAACUUAACAUACCUUCGUUGGAACCAUUUGUUAUUCAAGAAAUUGAUUUAAAAAUAUUCCAAGGUCUGGGUGCCUCUAUUUUUGGUGGUACGGUUCAAAGAUCCGAUAAAUCUAAGGCGUUUGCACGUAAUUUGGUUAUCCAUCAUUCAUCCGAGUUCGAUAUUCAUGAACUUAAAGUGGACAUUAAAAAGAACGAAUUCUUCAUAGAUCUCACUUUCCCAAAACUGCAAAUAGAAGGAGAGUAUGACGUAAAUUUAAUUAUGUUUAAUAUGCCAAUUAAAAGCACAGGACCUGUAUACAUAAAUGCAACUGACAUUGCAGUCAAAGCUACAUUGAACGGGAAAACGAUAAAGAGGAAGAACGAGUCUUUAUUAUUGUUCGACAGCAUCGACAUCAAAGUGGACUUUAAAGACUACUCAAUAUCGAUUCAAAAUUUGUUCAAGAAAGACCAAAACCUAAACAGAGCAUUGAACGAUAUUCUCAAGAGUCAAAAAGCUGAGUUGAGGAAAUUAACAAAGCCAAUGAUCGAAGAAUUAGCCGGUAAAAUGGUGCUGUCUAUGAUAAAUCAGAUUUUGACCGGCUUACCGAUUGAGGAAAUUUUUAUAACAGAGUAAUGUUUGGUGUUACACCAUAUCUAAUGGCUUACCUUAAAUGUAUUUAUUCUUGAUUUAUUUUUACUGUUAUGUUUAUUUAAUAGCUUAAGGAGAAAACUGUAACGAACCAAUGUAUUCGUAUAAAAUGUAUUUUUUAUAUAUUAUAUAGUUACCAAUUAAUGUGAUCAUAUUAAAAACGACCAUUUUACUAGUCUUCUAAAAAUAUUUUACAACAUUAGUAUUCAGACUUAUAAAAAACAAAAUAUUGAUAAUUUUAUAUUGUUAAUCUGGAAACAGUUGUUCGUAGGUAAAGUGUUGCGUAAGCUUUUCCACAGUAUCUAAUACAAACUCUUCAAGCACUUUUUGAAUAAUCGGUCUGAGCUCCAUGAAAAACAUUACGAAAUUGGCAUUUAUAGCCAUAUUGAGUACUUCACCUAAGAGAAAAUCAAUACUAAAGAUUAAUUAUAAACAUAAUUUAAGUUGAAUACUUUAUUUUUGAUUUAGUUGAAUAUUAUUUAUAUCAUGUACCUUCAUGUUUUAUAUUUUUUCAAUUUAUAUAUUUACGGGAUUUUUUUUUACCGAUAAUAUUAUAGGUAAAUAAGUCUUAU